AUGGCAGAGAAGUCACAAGGAUCUGACAGUCCGCAAGAAGGCCUGGAAAAGGGCAAGAGAAGGACCCUGAGGUCCACCAAGAAGGCGUGGGUCCCUUUGGACGAGCAGCUGCCCCCUGGCUCCGAGGAAAGCCAGGGUCUCCCCAUUCCUACACUGGAAGAUUUCAAACAAGAAAGUAUUCAACAGUGGCUGGACUCUGGACUCUAUGUCUCUGUAAAUGAAAACUUUCCGCAAGUCAUUGACCACACUGUUUCUUUGCAUGAACAAGGAACGGUUCAAAUGACUGUGAAAGACUACAUGAGAUCUUUGCAUCAGUUUUCAGAAACUCCCACCCUAUCCAGAGGGACCAGUUUCAACUCUUGCCAUUCUACUGCAAGUAUGCCACAAAGCAUUCCUGAAUGGCUGGACUUUUGGGAAAAUGAUCCAGUGGAAGUUCUCCUGGCUCUGGGGUUUGGUGCUGAUGAGCCAGACAUCUGCACACAGAUUCCAGACAGAUUCCUGGGUUGUGUCUCAGCCGCCAGAGGAAUCAACAUUCAUGUUUUUCUUGAAGCUCAAAAGCAGCGAAUGGACAUUGAGAACUCUAACUUGUAUGGCCGUUUCCGACAGCUGGAAAUCCUGGACCAUGUGACCAGUGCCUUCUCGUCUUUGUUAGGUGAUAUUGGCAUCCUACAAAACAAAGGUGAUGAGAAAGCUGAAGGAGAGAGUACACAGAGAACCCCAGUGAAUGGGGACAGAGAGCAUCGGAGAAGAAUGGGCAGACUUUUAAGGAGAGCCUCGAAACAAAACAGAAGAGAUAAUAACCCGAAAAUGUCUGAGUCUUUCAAGAUGAAGGACAAAUUUUUUAUCUCCUCUGAGAGACCAGGGGAGUGUGGAGGAGAGUUACCAGCAGCCUCAAUCAACCACAACCAAAAUCAUUUGUCUCCUCCAGCAGAGCAGCUGUCUCUCCAAGCCUGUGAUGGCUUGAUACCUUUGCAUCUUCCCUCGGCCCUUCUGGGCAGGCAGUGGCCUUGCCCUUCCCUGGUGGCCAAGCAGACUCCUUCCUGUGUCUCUGAGGGGUUGGUCAAGGACAGAACUUGGAAGGAGAACUCAGUUCAGACUAAAAAGCUCAGGAACUUGUCUCAUCUUGUGGGUAAAGGACCAAACUCCUUUGAAAUGGAAGAGGUCCAGAGCUUUGAAGAAGAAACUGGUAAUCCUCUCUGUGUGACUUCAGGAACUGCAGGUACCAGGGUGGACAGAGCCAACAGCUAUCAGUCUGACAGCAGCGGGUUCCUGGAGGAGCCCCUGGAGCCACUGCCCUCGCAGGUGCCCUCCUUGCUAAGCAGCCAGAGUGCUCCUGAGAAGGCAGGUGGAAAGGCCAGGGAUCCUCCCGGCCAGAGCCUCCUCCCAGAACUUGACUGUCAGCAGGAAGCCGAUGAGUCUGACUCCAGGAGUAUAGUGAGCACAUCGUUUUCAAGCCAGGACUGGAGUGUCCUGGGAGAAAAGGCCUCAAUAUCUGUAGUGGAGGAGGACUGUCAGCCUGAGGCCAUGGAAGGGUCACCAGAGCUGUUGACCCCAGACAUGGCCCUUGCCAAGACUUCUGGGGGAGAACCCCUGGGGAAAGACAGCCAUCUCUGGCAGCCUCUGCCAACACCCCGCACUGAACACAAGAUCACUGGAGGCACCAUAACUCCUAAAUGUGAUCAUGCUUUGGAGUUUAUGGAGACCCACAUCACAAAAAUGAAGGACGGGUAUCUGAGGCCUGAGGGAGCUGGAGAAGUACACAUGCAAAGCCACCACUGCAAGUCUCACAGGUCACCUGGAAAUGACCAUGCUCAAGGCAAGUGCCCUCACAUUGACUCUGAGGCCCCAAGGGAAGAGGAAAGCUAUAGACUCUGUCCUGAUACUAACAACAAUUUACUGACAGAAGAAAGUCCACUCCAGCACAUCCCCAAGCACAGUGAAGUCAUGCCCUACACGGUUGACCUUGUUCAACCAUCUGCAAAAUCCAUUCCCCACUUCCAUAAAGUGCUUGGAGAUACAGCCCAACUGAAGCCAAGGUGUAGUGCUUUGGGUCAAAUACCACCUAGGGCAGAAGCUGAGAUGGGAGCCCUUCCUCCAUCUGCUGACUCAAACACUGGCAACUCCAGAUCUGUGAUGACCCAGAUGUCCUCCAAUCUGGUGUCAGCUGCUCAGAGUGCUGUGUCCUUGGGGACUCAUUUUAGAGGAACAUCUUUAGAAUAUACUAUGUGUGACCCUAUUGCCACAGGACCAGGUCAGGGGGCAGAAGAAAGACAGAUGGAGGAUACUUGCAUUCAAACGACUGCAUGUGAGCCCAGGCCCUGGCAUUUCUGUUCAGCCCCAAGAAUAAAGACCUUGACACAUGGACCCCAGCCCCUCACCAAGUCUGUCUCUCUAGACACAGGCUUCCCUAGUAUCUACCCAGCGGGCGUCUGCCACACUGUUCCUGCCCACUGCUGUGCCUGCUGUCAUCACCAUCCCCACUGCACCCGGGAAACACAAAGCACUGGGCCUGCACCCUGGGUCUGUAGGCCCUGCCUUUACUCACAUACUGAUCACUCAGAAGACCAGUUUAUGAAGACUUUGAAAAUCCUUCGGGACACGACAGUGAGGGAGCUGUGUUACUGCACAGUCCAUGAGAUGGAAGCCAUGAAGAUGGUUUGCCAGAGUUUCCGGGAGCAUUUAGAGGAAAUUGAACAGCACCUUAUGGGACAGCAGGCACUCUUUUCCAGCGCUAUGUCUGAGGAGGAAAGGGAAGAGGCCAACCAACUACAGACUUUACGUGAGGCCCUGAGGCAGCAGGUGGCCCAGCUAGAGUUUCAGUUAGGAGAUCGGGCCCGGCAAAUCAGAGAAGGGAUUCUGCUGCAGCUGGAGCUUCUCACAGAACCACCUGAACACCAUACAAAUCUCCAAUAUAACUGGACAAAAGAAAAAAAUAUCCAGCCUUCCAUAGCCCUUGGAGCUCUCCAUUCUCCCAUCAAUGACCAGCAUGCUCUCUGCUCAGGUGGGACCCCACCUGCUGCCUUCGGACCACCCACUGUGGAGAACAGCACCAGGACGUCUCCUGCACCACCUCCUCAAGCAGAGUUAGGUCCAGUCCCUUCACCACACUGUCCUGUUGGAGAAGAGGAUAUAAAUAAUUUUUAUCUGCAGAACCAGAGACUUUUUUCUUCUUCAAAAGGAAAUAAUUCUGCUAAAGAUGAAAAAAAAAUAAAAUUAAAAGACAGUUUCUAA